UAGGUCUGUCCAAUCUUUAUGCCCAUAUUCUGGCUGUUGUAAAUCCUUCAGGAUUCUAACUCACAUGGUGGCUGGAUACAUUUUACAGUAGGUAGAAUAGUGCAAUUUUGUGGCAUCGAAACAUUUUUUAGUCCUACCCUUGGGAGCACAAGAGAAGCACAGGUAGAAGAGAUUCAUUGUGGCUGGUAGGGGUCCUGCUAGUUUGUUUUUUUUUUAGACCCCUGAGUCAUGUAGCCAUAAAUAACUGGGCAUUGGGAACAGAACACUCUAAUAAAAGCAUGGCCGGGAAUCUUAUUUGGAAAAAAAAAAUUCCCCAAGUCCUUCAGUGUGUGUGGAUGUAUCUGUAAAACAAAAGAAAAGUCCCUUUUCCCAGCCUAGGCAGAGAAGUCUCCCGUUCAGUCAGAGACAACAGGCGUCUGGGCAUCAAGCCAAGGUUUGGGGAUAUUUAUAACUUGAAGAGGGUGGGAGUCCCUAAUAAGCUGCUAUAUUCUUUUUCCAUCACUUCCCUCUCCAAGGCUACAGCAAGCUGGGAGCUCUUCCCCACACAGAAUCCCUGUUUUGCUUAGCCCUCGCCUUCCAUUGUCUAAUUCCUUCAUCCCCGCUAGGGAAAGGAAAGGCUACAAGUCCUUCCAUUUGGAGGAUUCUGAGUGAAUGCAGCAUAGCCAACGCUGAUGUUUCUUGGCCAGCUGUUGUGGCCUCGGAGAUCUGUUUAUGAGAUUGUUGUUUCCCGGAGCUAUAGAACAGUCUCUGCAGUCUUGAAGCUUUGUGCUCAUCCUACAACCAAACCCUGCCCUUUGCCUGUUAAUCCAUGGAUUCGGAUUUCUAUUCAUGGCCCUGAGAUCUCUGGAAUCUGCUGGUGAUAUCUAGAACCUUUCUGAACGUCAGGCCUCUUUAGAUCUCUGAGGAGCCAGCGACCACAGACCAGGAGUGGCCUUUGUACGCCAGAGUGAAACUCCAAGUCCCGUCAGGCCGCGAGGUGCGCGCACGCGUGAUGGAGCUACCCGGCCACGCCGCAGGAGGAGGGCUGAUGGUUUGGCUUCUGAUUGGUCAGAUAUUUUACGAUUUCUUUUCGCUGAUUGGCUGGGAUUGCUGCCGGAAAGGUCCCAGCCCGGAGAUGGCAGAGCAGAGGCGUUCUAUGGGCUGGGUUGAAAGCCUCCUCCCUUGAAUUGCAUCGGCCUGACCCCCCAGCCUAGGGGGCACCCAGCCAGUGCCUGCCCUCUCCUACCCUAACGUUGCACGUACUCGAUAUUAACCGAGACACGGAGAGUGGGUGACUCUUCGGGAGUCAGAGAGGAGAGUGACCAGUCCUGGGCCUUCCCCUCAUACCCUGCGACCAGAACUCCAGCCCUAGGGAGUAGUGGGCAGGGCCUCUUGCCGCGCCUCACGUCCUGCUUUUCGCCUCCUUCAACGUUGUCUGCUAGCUGGUUUUCCUGCUCUCUCUCUCCCAGGAGACGAACGCUUGAGCCCGAGAUGGCAGCCACCCUGCUCAUGUCUGGGACUCAGAUGAGACUUAAUGCCACUGCCUUCUCGACAUUUCUAACCAUGUCUCUAAUUUCAAGAAGAAAAGCUGGUUCUAAACUCCUAGAUACCAAGUAGUGAGGAAGCGUUGUGUGAUUUCAGGCCCCUGUGACAUUUGAAGAUAUGGCCAUGUACCUCACUCGGGAAGAAUGGAGACCUCUGGAUCCUACACAGAGAGAUCUUUACAGGGAUGUGAUGCAGGAGAAUUACGGAAAUGUUGUCUCACUGGAUUUUGAGAUCAGGAGCGAGAAUGAAGCCAACCCCAAACAGGAGUUUAGUGACGAUGUGGAAUUCGCGACCAUGUCGGAAGAGCCUCUUGAGAAUGCCGAGAAGAAUCCUGGAAGCGAAGAGGCCUUCGAAAGUGGGGACCAGGCAGAAAGGCCGUGGGGAGACCUGACAGCGGAGGAGUGGGUCAGCUACCCUCUCCAGCAAGUCACUGACCUGCUUGUCCACAAGGAAGCGCACGCGGGCAUCCGCUACCACAUUUGUUCUCAGUGUGGGAAAGCCUUCAGUCAGAUUUCAGACCUCAAUCGCCACCAGAAGACGCACACGGGAGACAGGCCCUACAAGUGCUACGAGUGCGGGAAGGGCUUCAGCCGCAGCUCCCACCUCAUCCAGCACCAGAGGACGCACACGGGCGAGCGGCCCUACGACUGCAACGAGUGCGGGAAAAGCUUCGGCCGCAGCUCGCACCUCAUCCAGCACCAGACGAUCCACACCGGCGAGAAGCCUCACAAGUGCACCGAGUGCGGCAAAAGCUUCUGCCGCCUCUCCCACCUCAUCCAGCACCAGCGGACCCACAGCGGGGAGAAGCCGUACGAGUGCGAGGAGUGCGGCAAGAGCUUCAGCCGCAGCUCCCACCUCGCCCAGCACCAGCGGACUCACACGGGCGAGAAGCCCUACGAGUGCCACGAGUGCGGGCGGGGCUUCAGCGAGCGCUCCGACCUCAUCAAGCACUACCGCGUGCACACCGGGGAGCGGCCCUACAAGUGCGACGAGUGCGGGAAGAACUUCAGCCAGAACUCCGACCUGGUGCGGCACCGCCGGGCGCACACCGGGGAGAAGCCCUACCACUGUAACGAGUGCGGGGAAAACUUCAGCCGCAUCUCCCACCUCGUCCAGCACCAGCGGACUCACACGGGCGAGAAGCCGUACGAGUGCACGGCCUGCGGGAAGAGCUUCAGCCGCAGCUCGCACCUCAUCACGCACCAGAAGAUCCACACCGGGGAGAAGCCCUACGAGUGUAACGAGUGCUGGCGAAGCUUUGGGGAAAGGUCCGACCUCAUCAAGCACCAGCGAACCCACACGGGAGAAAAGCCCUACGAAUGUGUGCAGUGCGGAAAGGGCUUCACGCAGAGCUCCAACCUCAUCACGCAUCAGAGAGUGCACACAGGAGAGAAGCCUUACGAAUGUACCGAGUGUGAUAAGAGUUUCAGCCGGAGCUCAGCGCUUAUUAAACACAAGAGAGUUCAUACCGACUAGGCCCUGUAACCCCGGGUAAGAAAGGACUCGUUUGGAGGCCAAGUGACGUUUUGAUAUCAGCGGGCUUCCUUAAGACAGCUCUUUUGUUUUUAAUGCUCUGGCUUCCCUAGUUAUGGGCUACAGUCUAAAACACAAAAGAAAGCAACCCUUUUGAAAUUCUGACCCACAGCUUCCAGGAUGCUGUCCCCUCCUCCAAAACGGUGAUGUUUAUUCACUGAUUAUCAUAUGAAUUGCUUCAUCAAAGUCAGCCCCCUCCUUGAGAGCUGAAGACCAGAGGACAAGAUGCUGGCGGAUGCUCAGGCCUGGAGAUGGAGUACAUCUUUAAUUUUUUUUUUUCUCUCUCGUAUCUUUGACCCAGGAGAAAUAGGAUGGUCACAACUGCUUUGGCAGAAGGCAGGUGGCCUUGCCCUGAGCUGCAACUGUUGACAAGCUGUAGUGGCUGGGCUCACACACAUCCCUUCCAAAGGGCUCUUUUUUUAUUAUUAUUUUAUUUUAUUUUGAGUAGCUCACCUUCAUAUCUAAACCUCUCCUUGUGCACAGGAUUCUGCCUGCUGAAAGCAGUGAUCACAGGGUUUCUCCUUGUUUCUCACUUGGGUAUAGCUUGCAUGUUUUUGAAAGCUGACCGAAGAUACAAUGUAACAGGAAACGGGAAACUGGAGGCACAGGUUCAAGGACCAAGGGCCCAUGGGCGGUGACGUCAGCAAGAGAUAGCCAUCGAGACUGCCAUUCAUCAGGCUUCUGUAUUUUCUUCAAUAAUCACUUUAGGGAUCCUAGCAGGGAAACUGCCUUUAGGAAAAGAUAGGUCUGGAAGUCCUGGUGGAGUGGAAGUAGGAAGUGAACUGACCGCCCCAGGGAAGGGAGCCCAGAACUCUUCCCAGGGAACAGCAGUCGGUACUGUGGUCUUUGCCAUCUAGCCUUUAAGAUCACUCGCCCCUGCACUGCUAACUCUAGGGCUUGAGAGGGCCACACCCCAGUCUUUCUCUUAGCUUGCAUAAAGGCAUGCGUAUGUACAGUAAAACGUGUAUUCUGAUAGCAGAAUCUGAAGUCAUAAUCAGCAUGUUCCUGCGUGAUGUAGAUCAUAAGCUAGAACUGUAGACAUAACUCUGAUGUGAGAAGUGUCCUUUAUUUUAUUUUCUUUCUUUUGUUACGGAGAGAAAGGUUUAGCAUCAGUGCUCAAGCACCAUGCGCUCCUUAAGGUUUGGUUUUGUACAGAACUAAGCACUUGUGUGGAUGUGUCCACCAGUGGCGAGAGAGUGACUGGACACUCAGGUCCUUGGCCUUCCUCAGACUGAAUUAUCUUCCGUGAUGAGUGGCCUCAUCCGAAGACACGAAUAGACCUAUGGAGGAAUGUGUUUGCGGCGACACAAAUAGUGAAACGAGUUGACCAGCGUAGCCCAGUACUUCAGUUCUCCUUAGAUAGCCCAGAUGUUGGUGCUUAUUCAGCCCCGAGGGGAUGGAGAGGAGUUGGCACCCAGGGAGCUGGGACUUCCAGUGUGUGUGUGUGUGUGUGUGUGUGUGCGCGCGCGCGAGUGCGUGUAUGAAUUUAAAGAGUCCCAGUGUAUUUCUAUGGUGCUUUGUUGCAAAGUUGCAAGUGUAAUUUUUAUUAUUAUUAUUUUUUUUUACUAAGAAAACCCUUUUUGUUAAAGUUCUUUAGGAUUUGGCACUUAAAGCCCAGUGCUUUCGUCACAGAGAGUCACUGUGGCCACAGCUGGAUGAUACCAUAUCACUAGUGACAACCUGAAAAGCAACCGAAGGAGCAACCACUCAGAGGGCCUCUAAGUGGGCACUCCCAUUAGAGGGCAGACUUGGGGCAGGGCACAUGGUUUCUAUUCUGUACAAAAUGGAGCCUACUGUGGGUAUUCAUACUUUAACUGUUAGGUGACUACAUGUUCUUGGUAACUAAACUCGGAUGUAUCUUCUGUAUCAGUGCAGCCGAUGACUUGGGUGCAGUUCAGCGGUCUCCCAUUGCUUCUUUGAGCCUCAUAAGUGUCUGCCUGGGAGUGGCUUGUAGAAGACAGACCCUCUGACCCAGCUUCAUUGCACCCCGUUUCCCUCCUCGGUUCCUAAAACUAACACACACGCACACGUGCACACACACACAUACACUAACACACACACAUGCAUACACACACACACACACACACACAUACACACACACACGCACGCGCCUGUGCACCCCCACCAUGACCACGCAGCCCCAGCCCUUGAAGGCUAUGCUGAAUCCCAUUUGCUGCUUUUGCCUUCUAAGAGAUGAAAGGUUCCCAGAAGGUUCCCGAUGGCCUUCCCAUCUCUUCAUAUCCGUACACUCCAGCUGGGUGGCUUAAAAGGCAGUGGCCGUGCCAGCUCAGUCCACUCCGCUGUGGUCAGCCGCUCCCCUCCCUGUGCUGAGCUGCGGAAGUCAUACAAGCACCACACUUCACUUAACGCUAUGUGCAUGCCCUCUGUUCGCAAGUCCCUGGCCGUUUCUGCACACACCAGACAGUCUGUGCCUGUGUUCUAUGGUUGUGGAGAGUGGAUGAGCAGAUAAAUCUGUAGAGCAGAUUCCCUUGGUAUUGGUCAACCAUCCUAGUGUCUUGUCUAUAGCUGUAUUAUCUUAACAAUAUUCUAUAAUUAAAGGUAUAAUUUUUAAACUCAAAA